AUGGAGAGGGGUCUCGUGACAACCGUGAAUCACUCCAGCCGGCGCGAGAGUGACUGGCAGGGGCUCGUGAGUGAGUUCCUGGUGUGUAAGCGUAAGCUGGAGAGUAAGAAGGAGGCCUUGCUGAUCCUGUCUAAAGAGCUGGACUGCUGCCAGCAGGAGAGAGACCAGUACAAGCUGAUGGCCAACACCCUCCGCGAACGCCACCAGAACCUCAAGAAGAGAUACCACACACUCAUAGAUGGUGACCCUUCCCUGCCGCCAGAGAAACGGAACCAGGUGAGUUUGGCCCAGUUGUUGUUUGACGCUCGCGAGCGCUAUCGUAAGCAGGGGGAGGAGCUACAGGACCUGAAGCAGAGACUGACUGAGGCACAGGGAGACAAUAAGCUGCUGAGGAUGACCAUCACCAGGCAGCGUUUGGGUGAUGAGGAGGCGGGGCUUAGACAUUUCCCCGCCCACGAGAGGGAGGAGCUAGUGCGUCAGCUAGAGGAGGUGGGGUUACAGAGGGAGCAGCUGGAGAACAGAGUGAAGUGUGUGUGUGACGAGCUGGAGGAUGUGUGUGCGGAGCGGGACGUGUUCCGAGAGAAGGCCGAGCGCCUCAACACGGAACUCAACCGCAUCCUGAGUGGACACCACGCACGCAUCAUCGACCUCGACGCCCUCUGCACCGACAACAGGUAUCUUCAGGAUCGUCUCAAGCAGGUACAAGAGGAAGUCAGCCUUUUAAAGUCCACCAUCAUGAAGUACAAGACUGCCUUGGAGCGGAUGAAAAACCCUAAAGGAUGUGGGAAGUCAGGCGGGAAUUUGACUAAUGUCCUGACAACGAGACAAGUUCAGGAGCUGCUGUGUGAGGAGGGGGGGUAUAGUCUUCCUGCGACUCCUCAGUCCAUCAGAGAUCUGAAGAGUGUAGCGUCCGCUCUGCUGGAGGCCAUACAGGAGAAGAGUCUGGUCAUCACACACCACCGCCACACCAACAGGAUUCUGGGAAACCGAGUCUCAGAGCUGGAGAAGAAGCUCAAAACACUGGAGGUGUCUGGAUUCUGGAGUCUCCCAGGAAGGGAUGCGAUCACCUUGAGUGACAGCCUUCGUCCCGCCUCCCUUCUUCAGCCUGAGUCCUGCCCUGCCUCAAGUGACCAGCCAACCACAGAGACAACAGGAAGUGAAGGGGAGUCGCCGUGGAGACCAGGGUCAGCUGAUGAUGCAUAUCCUGCUCGGGGUCAGGGGGCGGAGUCAGAGGCAGUUCAGAGAGCAGAUUCAGUGACCGACAUGCAGGGGGGAGGGGCUUGCCUGGGGACACACCCACUGGAGGAGGUCGUCAUGGAGACCCGUGAGCAUGUGGAGGAGAGUGGCCAGCGUUCUUUAGAGGAGGAGCCAAGCGCGGACUUGGAGGAGGAGCAAAGCGCGGACUUGGAGGAGGAGCCAAGCGCGGACUUGGAGGAGGAGCCAAGCGCGGACUUGGAGGAGGAGCCAAGCGCGGACUUGGAGGGAAGAUCUGGCCUGGAAACUCCUGCACGUCAGGAGGAGGCGGUCACAGAGGUACUCGGAGGAGGAGCUGAAGACGUGGACACACCCACUACAGGAGGAGUUAAGGACAUGGACACACCCAGUGAAGGAGGAGUUAAGGACAUGGACACACCCAGUGAAGGAGGAGUUAAGGACAUGGACACACCCAGUGAAGGAGGAGUUAAGGAUGUGGACACACCCACUACAGGAGGAGUUAAGGACAUGGACACACCCAGUGAAGGAGGAGUUAAGGACAUGGACACACCCAGUGAAGGAGGAGUUAAGGAUGUGGACACACCCACUAAAGGAGGAGUUAAGGACAUGGACACACCCAGUGAAGGAGGAGUUAAGGAUGUGGACACGCCCACUAAAGGAGGAGUUAAGGACAUGGACACACCCAGUGAAGGAGGAGUUAAGGACGUGGGCACACCCACUGAAGGAGGGGCUCCAUUAGAGGAUACUGUAGUGGAGAGAGGAGUCGAAGAUGAGGACAUGGCCUCUGAAGGAGGGGUUAAUGGAGUGGACACACCCACCGAAGGAGGGGUUAAGGACGUGGACACACCCAGUGAAGGAGGAGUUAAGGGCAUGGACACUACCACUUUAGUGGGGUGA